UUUACCAUGCAUCAGUUUGGUAAUAACCCGCUCCAAAUCAACUGCAAUAAACAGUCCACUAUUCGCACAACGAAAAUGAAGUCAAGUUUGUUCUUGGUCCUGCCUGGAAUUGUACUGGCACUAAAGCAUGAGAUCUGUGGUGAAGAGCUGAAGCACAUCGAGACAUGCAAGGAUAUGUUCUACACUGUUGAGGGUUACACCUUCAAUCAAACUUCGGAAGAGUGUGAGAAAUAUAUCGUUCACAACGGAUGCGGUUAUUCGGGGAAGAAUAAUUUCGGUGGAAAACCCUCCUGCGAAGCUAAAUGCAAGGAGGAAAACGUUGUUGAACUUGAACAUAAACUUCAAAUGAAUUCGAACAACCUCCAACUCUGAGGAUCAGCUCUCUGUUUCGAUAUGGAUUUUAAAUCAUUUUGUUUCGGCUAAUGGUUCCCGUUGCGGUUCAA